AUGGGUUUCACAGCAAAUGUUCUCUUUUGUCUGAUCAGCUGUUCCCUAUACAUAUCACUCACACACAGUCACAGAAUUCCAUUUAUCCGGUAUCUACGGACAGGAGGGGGGUAUCCUAUAAUGGAGCGGGUAUACCUAGAAUCGUCGGGACGCAGUCAGGAGCCGCAUGUCGAAGAUAAGUGCGGUAAGCCGAUGGACUCGUGUAUACCUGACGUAACUAAAUGCUGCAACAACAUGAAGUGUUUAAACCGGGCCCACAGCUAUUGUCUCUAUCCACUCGAGAUGUGUCUCUGUAUAUCCCCGACCGCACACAACGUGGACAUGCUCUAG